CAGAGCCCCUGGACUGCCAAGUUCCUUGCCAGGAAUCAGGAGGAGAAACCCGUCUCCUGGAGCUUGAGUGUGGCCUUGGGGACAGGCCGUUGGUCCCACAAUGCCCCUGCCUGAGCCCAGCGAGCAGGAGGGCGAGAGUGUGAAGGCCGGCCAGGAGCCGUCCCCACAGUCCCCUGAGCCAGGCACAGAUGUCGUCCCUUCAGCUCCCAGGAAGCCCAAGCCCAGGAAGUUCUCCAAACUGGUCCUGCUGACAGCGUCCAAAGACAGUGACAAAGUGGCUGCCGCCAAGCGCAAAGGAGUGCACUGCAUCAUGUCCCUGGGGGUGCCCGGCCCCACCACCCUGGCCAAGGCCCUCCUCAAGAUCCACCCCGAGGCGCAGCGCGCCAUUGAGGCAGCCCCCCCGGAGCCUGAGCAGAAACGCAGGAAGCUGGACACAGGUAGCUGGGCAGUACAAGGGACCCCUCCGCACGAUGGAAACAGUGGUGAGAGCUCUGAAGUCAGGGGUGGGGGAACCCUACUACUUCCCCAAGGUUGAGACAUUAAGGCUCCUGAAACGGGACAGCCCAACUACAGGCCUGAGGAACCCCUCACCCUCCAUCCCCUGUUGGAUAGGAGCUGUAAUCAGGGAGUUGGGGACCCCAUCUCCCCAGAACCUGCAGUGUGCCCACUGUACCCUGUGAGCACUUCCACCAGCCAGUUCUGGUUCAGGGCCUCCAUGUGUAUACCUGCUUCCUCCUGCCAGCCCAGGGGGUGGAGGGUGCUGUCCUGUGACCUGUUGGAAAGCAGGGUUCAGAGAGGCCAAGUUAUUACCCUGAGGCCACCAGCUGGUCCCUGCAGAGGGUUAGGGGGGACAUCUGGCUCAGAGACCCGUCUUCCCGCUCAACUCAGUGGGUUGGGUCAGCUCCAGGGCCUAUUCCACCCUCUCUGAGACCUCAGCUUGGGCAUCUGCCCAGGUUCUCGGGCCAGAUAGGCUCUACCCCAUACACGCUAUUGUGAGGAUUCCAACAAAAGCCAGCCUUCCUCAGGUGGAGAGAUGGAGGGCAGAGCCAGGCUGUCUCUCUGCCCCACAGGCUCCCUUAGGCAGGUACUCCAGCAGUCACCAACCCCCUCGGCUGCCAUCCCACCUUACACACACACACACAC